UAAAUAUGAGAGUUUUGCUGUUAUCGUUAUUUUUGGUCAUAGCUGUUGUGUCAGCUGGUCCAUUCCACAAUUCUUUUGGAAGGUAUACAUACCACGUAGGUGGCGCCAAGGAAUUUAGGUCUGCCUCUCCAUCAUCGAGCAGAGCAGUUUAUGACCUGAUCGAGAGUUCAGAUGAUGAUCUUUACGUUUUUGCGUUUUAUAUCAAGGGUACUAAACACGAAGAAGUCAUCUCUGAGGUUGAGGGCACACUUGCCAGCCAAAAAGAUGUGUUCGAUCAAAUUGUAUAUGCCCCUGUCUAUGCUAGAGAUGACUACCAAUACAAAGGCAUCCUUUAUGACCUCGAUAUUCUAGAAGAGCCAUGGGUAAAGUAUCCAUACUACCUUGUUGUCAAAGACGAAUCUGGCUUCUUGAUCAAUGGGGAUGAUUCAGCUGAUUUAAUUAAGCAACGCAUUACUGAAUUAGCUAAUUAGGCAC